GAGGAGCCUGUUUGCUCUUGCCUGAGAACACCAUCAAAAAAGCUGCUCCGAAAUCUCUUAGCUGCAUGGUUGAGACUGAAGUGUUCUGUUUCCAUUUUUCUCAGAUGGUUUCCUAUAUUUCGAAAAGGAGUGUCCUGAGCUGACAGGGGAGGAAAACUGCUAAGUCCUGAGGUUUCUGAUCCAAAGGAACUUUUGACCAGCGAAUUGUGUGGACAGUGUCUGCCUGGAUCUUAGAUCCCACUGUCACACCUCUAAUGAAUGUUUAUGACAUUCCACCAGAAAAUAAGAUGUCUCUUCCAAAAAUCCAGAUUGAAGAAAUGAUGGACAGUGUGGAUUAUGAUGACACCAGAGGUGGACCUUCUUCUGAUGACCACCUGAGGAAUCUGAAAGCUCUGACAGAGAAACUGAGGCUGGAGACAAGGAGGCCUUCCUAUUUGGAGUGGAAGGCCAAAUUGGAAGAGUUGACGUGGAAAAGCCAUCCCCAGCCUCCUGAGGAAGAUGAGGAAAGACAAGACAAGAAGCUGACAGCAGAAAGUGUCCCUCCCAGAGAGGCGCAGGUACACAUCAACGGGACCUCUUCCAAACAGCAAGUGGCACUAGCCUCAAGGAAAAUAAGUGGCUUUGAAAACAUUGACGAAGCUUUAAAUUGGCUCAGGAAAGAACUGAUGGAAAUGCGCCUCCAGGACCAGCAGUUGGCCCGGCAGCUCAUGCGCUUGCGCAGCGAUAUCAAUCAGCUCAAGAUUGAGCAGACAUGCCACCUCCACCGGCGCAUGCUGAACGAUGCCACCUAUGAGCUGGAGGAGAGGGACGAGCUCUCUGACCUCCUCUGCGAUUUCCCACUCACCUCCUCUUUCAGCCUCUCUACCCCACUCAAGCUCAUUGGCGUGACCAAAAUGAACAUCAAUUCCCGCAGGUUCUCACUUUGUUAGAAGGAGCAGGUGGGAUGCCAGGAGUGGGUUUGGUGGGAGGAGAAAAGAAGGUGCCUUGGAUCUCCAUUUGUCAGGGAGGCUCAUGAGGGAGUGGCUAAAGAUGAGGGAAGGGCAGAGCCAAACACAGAAGUGCUCCUCCUUGAAUGUCACCAACAUGGCUGGCCAUGGUGAUGGUAAAGACCACAUGCCUAGAGGCUUUGCAGGAAGGGCCGGGAAGGAGAACAAGUUACAUCGAGGAUCAAUACUAGAUAGAGAUCCACGGACUUGCAGUCAGAAAUAUUCUGAUGACUGAACUGGAAGAAAAAAAAUGGUUGGGGGCUCCCAAAUUAAGAGUGGUGUAGGAGAAACACAACCACGCUCCAUUACUAAGGCUCUCUGGCCCACUUCAGAUUAGAUGGGGUGGGGGUGAUGAGGAACCUGCACUGCUGUGAUGAAGAGACACACUUAGUUUCCAGUGGAAAGGAUCCCUGUUGCCACAAUGUUAAACAAUUCUAUGGCAGAAACAUCUAGCCAUUGUUAUGAACAUUGAUCAGCCAGAAGUAGAACCUCCAUUUUCAGAUACAGAAUGCAAAUGCUAGAGACAAGCCCCAGCAGAUGGUUGUCACCAUCUUACCCUAAUUCUGAACUUCCUGGGGCCGUCUCUCUGGAUAUGAUGGAGACGGAGUUCUGAAUUAGAUAGAGCUUUGAGCUGAUCCAGCCUACUAAUUUAUACGCACUGAAGCCCAAACAUAUACAUAUGAUGCCAGAUCUCCAUUUAUGCACAGAGUCAUUCAGUGUAGAUACAAUCAGGGCUCAUUUUGAGGGGGAACAAGCAGGAACACAGUUCCGGUAGUUCUCCAAAGAGGUCACAUGUCAGGUGGGUGUGGCCAGUUUUUGGCCAGUUUGGGCCCGUUUCAGCCUGGAUUUGGCCCAAAAUGUCGAGGAUCGGGCCUAAAACAGCCAGGAUUGGUCCCAAAAUGGCCAGGAUCAGGUCUCUGACAGGUGGUGGAUCACUCUCCCACUCAGCAGUGGCCCAAUUCUAACCACUUGGGCCCCUUUUCGGCCAUUUUCAACCCCUUUUUGCCAUUUUGGGCACAAUUUCGACCCUGAAUGGCCAGAAUUGUGUCCAAAACAGCCAGAAUAGGCGAUGUCAGGGGUGUGUGGCAUAUGCAAAUCAGUUAUGCUAAUGGCACACUUCCGGAGAUGCCAAGGGGUGUGACAUAUGCUAAUGACUUGUGCUAAUGAGUUAUGCUAAUGAGUUCCUGCAGCUCUUUUUCUAUGAAAUGACCCCUGGAUACAAUCAUGCAAGACAGCUGUGCAUAUACCUAUAUAUAUACACUAGGGCAGUCAACACAUCAGGCAAAAUAAAAAUGACUUGCCUCACUUGUUUUUGCUUUGGGACAGUCCCCCCCCCCCACUUCCAAAGGUAAUGGAUGCAAAGCCAGAGUUCUUCAGCCCAUCAGCCAUUCUUUGGACAAUAUAAUCCUUACUGGGUCCUGUUCUUCUAAAACCCACUGUGCUCCACUCCCAAACCUGCCUUGGGGUGCACAACCCCGUCCAGAAGGCUUCACUUCUGGGCCCCAUCCAGAUCCCCACAUUUUUCCUUUCAAGAGCUAGCAAUCCUAGUGGCACAAAUGUGCUUUAGCCCCCUAGUUCAUGGCCUUCCCACAGGUUUCUCUCCAACAUAUCCAUUGUCUGGAUCCUCAGGCCUCCCUUAGAAAUUCUGCCAUGUCUCAAAUUCCCAACUAUGAGCUUUUGUUUAAAGAUGAAGUGUAAUAUAUGUUCAUGGCAGAAGACAGCUGAAAAACAAUUGAUUAUCUGGCAAUGCACCUUGCCAGAUAAUCAUCCCCUUUCAUUCAAAGAUUUCUCAUCACAAUCAAUUGCACUGCAACUGCAAUACACUAAAUGAUUUCAAUAUUUCCCAUCCCUAAGGCUGCCAUAUGCCCCAGUUGUAAUAAUAAUAAUAUUUGAUUUAUAUACUGCCCUUUAGGACAACACCCACUCAGAGCGUUUUACAGAGUGUGUUGUUAUUAUCCUCACAACAAUCACCCUCUGAGGUGGCGGGGGGGAGGUUGAGAGAGCUCUGAAAGAGCUGUGACUGACCCAAGGUCACCCAGCUGGCUUCAAGCGGAGGAGUGGGGGAUCAAACUGAGUUCUCCAGAUUAGAGUCCUGCCACCCUUAUCCACUAUACCAAACUGGCUCUAGGUGUGGGGCAUGUUACUUGGUGCCUGUCUGACUAUCUUAAUUCCUACAUUUUAAAAAAACAAGUCUAUAAUCCUCGCAGACUCAGAGAUUCAAAGCAAAACAAGCAGUAUUUUGCCCAGUCCAUAGCAAGAAACAAGCCUGUUCCCACCUAUCACUGUUCUAGCCAGUGUGGGAAGACACAGCUAUGACUGAUAUGCUUGCUACAUCUCUUCUUGACAAAUACUGAUAUGGUCUGAAAAGAAAGCAUCAACAAAUCCUGGAAAAUGGUUGGGGAAAAGACGUUUUUUUGUAAUAGUGCCAGGAGCAGACAGAGCAACUGGUGGAUGCUAUAACCAGUAAUGAGUUUGAUUUUGCAGAAUUAACAAACAAUUUGCAUAAUAUGACAAGUUAGGUCACCUGGAUAGUGGGCCUGAGCUAUGGCAACCUCUCCUUCUGCCAAAUGCACCUUCUUGAACUGUGGCUUUCUUAACCAACGGCACCAUGCAUAGGCUGCAGCAAGAAGACAACACCCAAAGAUUUUAAUCUGUCGGACACACAAGACACACUGCAAUUGCCUUCAUUAAAGUUUGCAUUACUCAGUUUAUUUUGCUUUUGCAGAAAGGCAAAGAGCAUAACAUUGGGAAUUUGUGCCUACUUUGUUAGAUAUAUAUUAUAUAUAUAUAUAUUUAAAAAUCCAUGCAAAUUGGUCCUGAGUUUACAUACAUGUUUUUGGGUUUGUUGAAUUUGGGGGGAUUAUUUUUAAAUGAUGUUUCGUUUUUUCACUCCAAUUGAUUUUUUAAAAAAUUCUUUGGGAUAAAAGGGGUGGGGAAACUGAA